GAGAGAGAGAGAGAGAGAGAGAGAGAGGACCGCACGAGCUCAUCAGCAUCAUCAGCCUCCUCAGCCCCGAGCGGGAUGAGAGGCGAAGGCGCGAGACUGAACAGCGAGCGAGCGAGCGAGAGACACUUUGGCAAACCGAAAGCGCGCAAAAGCGCGCGCCAGAAGCGUCCAGAAACGGGGACGAGAGCCCGAGAUUCGAGGAAAGUUUCACUUUGUUGAGCGCGGACAGUGAGACGCGAUGGAGUCCAGCAGCAACGGAGUGGCGACGAAGGUGCGCGAGGCCAUGCGGGACCCAAAAAGGCAGAGGACGGUGAUCCUGGUGAUCGUGUGCGUGGCGCUGCUGUUGGACAACAUGCUGUACAUGGUGAUCGUGCCCAUCAUCCCGGACUAUCUGGCUGGGCUGGAGAGCGAGGCAGAGGCGGAGGCCAAAGCGCAGGCGCAGGCGCGCGGAAAUGGCACAGGCGCGGGGCCGACGAUUGCGCCGGUCAACCUGGACGUUAAAAUCGGCGUGCUUUUCGCCUCCAAGGCCAUUCUGCAGCUCGCGGUGAACCCCCUCUCCGGACCGUUCAUCGACCGCGUGGGCUACGACGUGCCCUUACUCAUCGGCCUCACAGUUAUGUUCCUGUCCACGUGCGUCUUCGCGUUCGCCGAGAGCUAUGGCACGCUGUUCGCCGCGCGCAGCCUGCAGGGUUUGGGCUCGGCGUUCGCGGACACUUCGGGAAUCGCCAUGAUCGCCGAUCGCUACGGCGAUGAGGAGGCAGAACGCAGCCGCGCGCUCGGCCUCGCGCUCGCUUUCAUCUCCUUUGGCAGCCUGGUGGCUCCGCCCUUCGGCGGGAUUCUGUACGAGCUCGCCGGCAAGCGCGUGCCGUUCGUGGUUCUCGCGUGCGUGUGCCUGGCAGACGGCUGCCUGCUGCUCGCCGUGGUAAAGCCGUUUUCAAACCGCACCGCGCGCCAGAACGUGCCGGCCGGUGCGCCUCUCCACCGCCUGAUCAUGGACCCUUACAUCGCCGUGGUGGCCGGCGCACUGACCGUCUGCAACAUUCCACUGGCCUUCCUCGAGCCCACUAUCGCCGGCUGGAUGGAGGUCACCAUGCGCGCCACCAAGUGGCAGAUUGGCAUGGCGUGGCUGCCUUCCUUCUUCCCACACGUGCUGGGCGUCUAUGUGACCGUGAAGCUGGCCGCGCGCUACCCGAGCAUGCAGUGGUUCUACGGCGCCGUGGGCAUGCUGAUCAUCGGCGCCAGCUCGUGCGUGGUCCCCGCCUGCAAAACCUUCGCGCAGCUGAUGUUGCCACUGUGUGGCAUCUGCUUUGGGAUCGCGCUCGUGGACACGGCGCUGCUGCCCACUCUCGCCUUCCUCGUGGACGUGCGCCACGCCUCCGUCUACGGCAGCGUCUACGCCAUCGCGGACAUCUCGUACUCCGUGGCCUACGCGCUGGGGCCCGUGGUGGCCGGCAACAUCGUGCACACCAUGGGCUUCGCGCAGCUCAACCUGGGCAUGGGCCUCGCCAACGUGCUCUACGCGCCUGCCCUGCUGGCGCUGCGGCGCGUGUGCCAGGUCAAGCCCUCGCGCUCGGAGAGGCGCAUACUGCUGGAUGAGGAAGAGGAGGACGGGGGUGCGGGGCUUUACGACGCCAUCAGGAUGGAGGAGCCCAGGGCGAAGAGGAAGGGGCUCUGCGCGGACACCAACACUGCCAACAGCGAGACUUACAACACGUACCCUGCCAAUGCCAACACGUACAGCACCAGCACCCCCAACACCUACACUGCCAACAACACCAACACCAACAACACAAACACUGCCAACACCAAGACCCCCAAGACCCCUAAAAUCAGCACAAACACCAGGGCCACCACCACCACCCCACUCCCUGUAGAUGGAAGCGGACUGGACGCAAUGAUCGCCAGCUCCAGGUCUCAGUCCGAGGAGGAGUCAUCAGGACCUGAGUGCAUUUAGCGGCUAGUUUCAUUCCAAAACAAACAAACAAACAAACAAACAAACCCCAGACGAGUUGCCAAUCAUGCCGAGCUAUACAAUCCACUCAUGAGUAUGUGUGACUGUAUCCAUACGCAGGUAGGACCUCAGCUUUUGUGGGACAUCAGGUAAAGAAAGCUUCUGCUUACUAAUGUAUUCCUUCUAAUUACGCAAAAGGAAGUGCUGUUAUUGUGAUAACCACAUUAGAAACGUAAACCAAUUGCUUUGUCACCCAUAUGACCCAAAACAGCACAUCACACUGAACUGAGCACACGUUGUCCACCCCAUCAUGACAUGUGCAUAUAUAUUAAGGUAGACUUAAUAAAGCCACAGCUAUGACCAAACUUCUGACCAAACGCACUGAUGUCCCAUUUCAUCUGACUCCACCCUGCCUGUGUCCUGCUUCGCCUUCCAGACAAGUAAAAAUCUCCCACACCGAGCUGAACUCACUGAGCUGAUCUGGGUUCACUGGAGUUCGUUCACUGCCGACUCUGUACCGCAGAGCAUCGCGGGAGCCAAACAGCCGCUGUGUUUAGAAAAGCGCGUUAGUUCUGUUGUACAGUCAAAUAUACCGAAACGAAAGAAGAUUUAAAAAAAAAGCUACAAGUCUAUAUUUCCAU